CGCCGCAGCCCCGGCCCCACGGCAGCCCCCAUGCCCCGCCUCGGAUCCCAGGUGUCCCUGUUCCGCUGCACCCUGCUCUCGUCCCUCCUCCUCAUCUGCAGCAUCCAUGAGACGGAGCAGAACAGCUACUGCCAGCAGAUCAUCACCGAGCGGCACCUGGACUACCUGCAGGAUCUGGCAGACACACAGAUGCAGCAACCUGGCACGGUGUCCUUCAGAUUCAUCAGCAAGAUGCGGCUGAACGACUCUGUCUGCUACGUGAAAGCUGCCUUCCCUUUGCUGGGCACAAUCCUGAACAGGACGACGUUCAAGGAGAACUCAACAAACGCCAACAAGAUGAAGACGGUGCGCAGGAUGUACGAAAGCAUCGAUGAGAACGUGGACCCCUGCAUCAGGGAGGAGGACGACGAGGAGCACGUGCUCUCCGAAACGUGCUUCGAGGAUUUCACCACGUCCCCCUACGAGAUGCUGGUGCUGGUGAGGCAGUUCUUCCAGGACAUCAAACAACUGCUGCACAACAAGGAGACCUUUGAGAAGGACUGCAGCCAGGUGUACCGCAGCGCCUGUGCGGGGCCCCAGCAGCGCAGCUCCUCCCCAGGUGUGGGGACAGAUCCUGACUGCAAUUGCCUGUCCCCUGCCCUCCCUUCUGCCACCCAGCCCUCCCUCUCCGCUGCCACCCGUGCCGGCAGGGACGUGGCACCCUCUAGCACCAGGGUCCCUUACCGCCAGCUGGGCGGCAUCCUGGCCGAGUUAGGCAGCAGUGCCUCGUCCGAGCCCCCCAGUAGCAUGGAGGGCAGCUCAGGGGCCGAGGAACUGCCAGGAACCGGGCUCGGCGACGCGUCGGCGCCGUCCCCCACCGUGCAGCAGACGCUUGGAGCCCUCCUGGAUCCGGCCGCGAGCGCCAGCCCGAAGGCCGAGGACAAAUCCAUCCCGUUCCACGGGAUGCUGGAGGAGGGCGCCGGGACCCCCGUCCUCCCGCAUCAGCUCCCUUCGCCCCGAGGGAUGAGCACGGCGAUGCCGGCGGCGGUCCCCAGCAGCGGCUCCGCGCAGCGCCGCGCCGUCGGUCGCCGUCCCACCGAGAGCCCCGAGCGGGUCACGCAGCUCCGCUUCUCCAGGAUGGCUCCGCUGUUGCGGGGACGGGCGGAGGGCGGCCCCGGGGACGGGACGGGGGCGCGAGGCUGGGGGCUGAGCCGGCUGCGGGAGCCCGAGGACGGCGGGGCCGGACCCAGCUUUGAUUCGAGCUUUGUUCUGAGCGCAGAGCAGCGCAGGAAGGAGCCGCCAGCCGCCGGCGAGAGCCACCGGGAGCUCCUGGUGUACGUCACGGUGGCCAGCGUCGUGGCCGUCUUGCUGGCCAUGGGCGGGCUGCUUUUCUACAAGUAUAAAUCCAAGGUCCUGCAGCGGCCGCUAGAACAGAGGGGCUGCGACCCCGAGGAGCCGGAGACCAGGGCGCUGCAGGGAGCGGAGGGGUGCGCGGAGCUGGAGACGCAGGAACUGUGAGGGCCCCCUGGCGGGAUGUGACGCUGCUCGGGGGGGCGGGGGGGUGAACGGACGGGGGCGCUCCUCGCUGGGCGACGGACGGCCGUUGUGCGGCCCCCAGAAGACGCGACGAGCCCCAACCCCCGGCCUGCAGCUGGAACCCGCACAACCCACGGAUGAGGAAGGAAGGACGGGGCAGCGCAGCCCGGCAGGACCUUGGCGAUGGGGUGGAUGGCACCGAGGGGCUCCGUGGGGACGGCGCUGGAUGCGUCCGAAGCUGCGAGUGGAAAAUCCCCCCCCCCCCCCCCCCCCC